AUGGUGAAGGACGUUAGAGCGCCGGGCUUCCGCGAGAAAUGGCGGCAGGACGUGCCGGUGCUGUACGACUGGUGGGGCCCGGUGCGCGCGGAGCACGGCGCGUACAGCGAGCAAUACGUUUACAUCAGCGAGCAGACCGACGGCACCGCGCCCAACACGCUGCUCCUCGCCAACGUCGCCGUGAGCUGGGAACUGGGUGGGGAGGGCUUCUGGGAGGGAGGGGUGGAGCAGAGGGGGGGGUGGGGGUGGUUUCGUGGCAGCACGCGGAGAUCAGGGUUAGUGGGGGCGGAGGUGGCGGACAACGAUGCAGUAGCGCCGAGUCUGCUAGCAGACUUUGAGGAGGACGACCCGUCGGCGCUGGUGGGAGUGCUGAAGGCGGUGCAGCACCCGGGCGAGGUCAACCGCAUCCGCGAGCUGCCGCAGUUCCCACAGAUCCUCGCCACGCACACGGACGCGCGGGAUGUGUUCAUCUGGAACAUGGAGUCGCAGGACGACCGCAGGGCCUCCAAGGGGGAUGGCGCUGCCUCCGACAAGCCCUCUGUGCCCGACCUGGUGCUGCGGGGGCACACGGACGUGGCGCAGUUUGCGCUGGCGACAGCAGCGAGCGACCCCUUUGUGCUGAGCGGGGGCACGGACCGGCACGUGGUGCUGUGGGGCCUGCAGGACCACGUCUCCAAGGCCAGCACCGACGAUUCAUCGGAGCUGGCAGCGCCGGUGCUGCACUGCAGGGAGACGUUCACAGGGCACCGCGCGACGGUGGAGGACGUGCAGUUCAGUCCCAGCGACGCGCGGCUGUUCUGCUCCGUGGGCGACGACUACUGCCUGCUGCUCUGGGACACGCGCCACGGCACCACGCCCGUCAACAAGGCAUGCAAACGCGCCAGGAAGGGGAGGACGCGCUGGGUUGCUGGCUGCGCGGUUGGGGGGGGAGGGGGAGAGUGGGGGGAGGAGGAGCAGGACAUCCCCCCCCUCCCUCUCUUCACCACUGCCCAAAUCCCUCUCACCUCGCUCCCCACAACUAUCCCUCUUCUCCUCAGCGUCUCUCUCCCCUCUCUCCCACCCCUCCUCCCUUUUUCCCAGGUGGAGCGAGCACACAAUGCGGAUCUGCACUGUGUGGACUGGUCGCGCCUGGACGACAACUACGUGCUCACGGGGUCUGCCGACCACUCGGUGCGCCUGUUUGACCGCCGCAAGCUGCCCACGGCGGGGCACUGCACGCCCGUGCACACCUUCAAGCACCACCUCGACGCCGUCACCUGCGUGCAGUGGCACCCAUCAGCGAGGGGGGUGUUUGGCAGUGCGGGGGACGACGGGCUCAUCCAGGUCACAGACGCAUCGCACAUCAUGGGGGCAACAGGCGACAAGGCGGGGGGGGGAGGGGCGCAGGGUCGGCAGAUGAACAUGUUCCAACACCUGGGGCACCGGGAGAAGGUGUGUGAGUUCCACUGGAACCCCCAUCGGCCGUGGACGGUCGUCAGCACAUCCAUUGACUCGGGCCGGAUAGGAGGAGGCACCCUGCAGGUGUGGCGUAUGCAUGACCUUUUCCAUCUUCCGGAAGAGGCUGCACAGAAAAAACUCGAAGGCAUGAUUGGCUCAACUCCAAGCAAGAAAUAA